AUGAAAUUUAAAAAGUCAUCUAAAAAAUACUCUUUGUAUUUUUUGAUUUUAUUGGGUAUUUUUGUUUCUAAUUCGGUUGUUAGGGCUGUUUUUUUGAAGUCCGGGGAAGAAAAUUUUGCCUAUCAAAAAUUAGAAAAAGUGGAUGAACAAGAAAUGGAUAUGGAAAAAGAGAUAGAUAUUGCUAAAGAGAUCGAAGCUUUAAAAGAAGAAGCACGUCAAAUUGGAAAUUUUGAUAAAUUUGAGAAGGAUGCACUUCCUGUUAUUGAAACUUUAACUGAUGCUAACAAACUAUUUAUAUAUAUUAACACAAUUGGAGAUAUAUAUAAAUUAGAUAGUCAAAUUCCAACAUUCUUUAAGGAUGUUUUAACGUUUGAAAAGUUUGUUAAACAUUUUAACCAUCGCUACCAAAUUGUAAAAAACGAUCCGGAAAAAUCGGAAAGAAAGAAGCAAAAGUUUGAGGUCUGUGAAUUUAUAUAA